CCAAAAAUUUUUAAAAAUGGGUAUGAAUAUACUAUUUUAAGAAAAAACCAAUCUAAUAUCCGUUGGAAGUGUAAUAAAAUGACGUGUACGGGGAAAGUAACAACAAACCUUAAUGAACCGUAUGAAUUAUUUACAAAAUGGACUGAUCAUAACCACGAAUCGAGUGAUGAAACAUUGAAGCUGAAAAACCUUGCAUUAACUAAUAUGAAAAGCCGAUCUGUUAAUAGUAGAGAAUCAACAAAUCAAAUUCUUCUAUCUGUAAUUCAUGAAAAUAAUGAAGACGUACGUAAUAAAAUAGGAAAUACUGAUUCAAUACGUAGAACUAUCCGUCGAGCACGUCGUAAAAAUGUUCCUGAAGAACCUAGGAGUAUGCAAUUUGUAUUGCCCGAGAAAUGGAAAACAACUAUGGGUGGUGAGUCAAAAGAAUUUUUAAUUUACGACAGCGAAAGUGAAAAUAGAAUGUUGAUAUUUGCAACUUCUCGAGCCUUAACUAUAUUGUCAUCAGCCUCACUAUGGUUUAUGGAUGGAACUUUUAAAUGUUCGAGUGUUUUCGCUCAAUUAUACGUUAUAAGAGCUGAAUUUGAAGAUAACGUAUUUACAUGUGUUUAUGCAUUCCUCCCAAAUAAAUUACAAACAACAUACGAAGAAAUGCUUACCAAUGUUAUUUUAGCUUCUAUUCGGAACAGGUCUCCAGUUAAACCAGAAACUAUAAUCAUUGAUUUUGAGAUAGGAGUUAUAAAUGCCAUAAGCUUAGUUUUUAAUCAAGUAAAAAUUCAGGGCUGUUUUUUCCAUCUGUGUCAAAGUGUAUGGAGACAAAUACAAAACUUAGGAUUAUCCAAAAUGUAUAAAGAUAACGAACAAAUUGCAAAACAAUGUAAAAUAAUAACAUCUUUAGCGUUUUUACCAGUUGAAGAAAUACCUAAUGAAAUAGUUAAUAUGUAUUUAACUUUUACUCCAGAACUAUUUCCAUUAAUAUUUUAUUUUGAAUCAACAUAUAUUAACGGAAAGAAUGGUGCACCAAGAUUCCCUCUUGAAAUUUGGAAUGUGAGACACCAAACAAUUAAGAACUCACACAGGACGAAUAAUUUUAGUGAAGGAUGGAACAGUUCGUUCAAUAAAUUGGUUGGAUCGGCUAAUCCAAGUUUCUGGAGUGUUUUGAGGUCUUUGCAAUUAGACGAAUGCUCUAGUCAUUUGAACAAAAACAGAAGACAAAAAAACCAAAAUACACAAAAUAAAAUUCAUGAUGCCUGUGUACAGCACGAAAAUAUAACUUAG